AAGUCGUGGGCCCGGGUAUUGGCCUGGCUCUGGGCGUGGAGCGGAGGUGAGUGCGGCGGUGUCACACACUUCUUAGCUAUCCCGGCGCUGCUAACAGGGCAGUCAGGCGGUCUUGGGCGGCAGUGCAGGGCACUGUAUUGGAGCCUUUGCAGGUAUGCUCUUGGCAGUGGUCUGCUCUCCAGGGGAUCUUCCUCCUUUCUGAGAGGGCAUUGCUCUUCCUCCCUUCCGAGAGGGCUACUGAGAGAGUGGGCUGCCAAAUCCUCAAAAGUAGGCUUCCCCUCGCCCCUUGACUUUGAAGUCUAGAAGCAGUUAGUGCCUGCUGAGUGCUCCGGCCACCCUUGGCUACCCAUGUCAUCAAUAUCCUCAAAUUGCUGGGCUCAAGUGAUCCUCCAACCUCAGCCUCCCAAAGCAAAGGGAUUACAGGUGUGAGCCACCAUGUGGAGUCUGAUUCCAGCCCGAUCCUUAAAGUUAUCGUGACAGGCCCUGGAAACCCAGGCCACCAGAUGUAUUUUCCCUUUCCUUCUCAUUGUGUUGCACCCCAACUUCAGUUGGAGACUUUCUGGAUAUAUCCAUCCCCACAUUUCUGAACUCCACUGCUUGGAGCACCUAAUGUGAUCCUCAAUUUACUUAACAAAGCAUGGUUGAGAUUCUGUGUGAUGCAAGGCAUUGUUUUGCAGGCACUGUUCCAAGUCUGGAAAAUCCCUCACCAGCUGUAUACUCCAUGUGGUCUUAGAACCCAGGCUGGACGUGGAGUAGGUGCUCAGUAGUGUUUAUUGAUCUGAGCUUGAUCUCAGCAUAGCAGGAUUAUUCAGGGAGACUGGGGGCCCCUGGGUGCUUCUGUAGGUUUGUGGCUGUCCCAGGAAGAAAGGGUAUGGAGGGGCUGUGGGCUGCAGAAUGGUUGGCUGCCCAGAUGCUUUCGGUUUAGACAGAGCAUGUGGCCAUGUUGGUUGAGCACAGACCCUGGCAGGAGGGCAGCGUCCAGUGCCUCUGCCAAUGAAGUGCGAAGUUGUGAAGAUGAAUAACACUGUCCAGCUUGCAGAGUGGACGCUGAUUCUGCUUCUCAGAAGAUGCACUAUUAUAGAUACUCUAACGCCAAGGUCAGCUGCUGGUACAAGUACCUCCUUUUCAGCUACAACAUCAUCUUCUGGUUGGCUGGAGUUGUCUUCCUCGGAGUUGGGCUGUGGGCAUGGAGCGAAAAGAAAGAAGAGGCAGGAGAACCAAGAUCUACAGGCUUUCCUGCCAUGCUCUUGGGGUGUGCUGUCCGACCUCACCAAAGUGACCCGGAUGCAUGGAAUCGACCCCGUGGUGCUGGUCCUGAUGGUGGGCGUGGUGAUGUUCACCCUGGGGUUUGCCGGCUGCGUGGGGGCUCUGCGGGAGAAUAUCUGCCUGCUCAACUUUUUCUGUGGCACCAUCGUGCUCAUCUUCUUCCUGGAGCUGGCUGUGGCUGUUCUGGCCUUCCUAUUCCAGGACUGGGUGAGGGACCGGUUCCGGGAGUUCUUCGAGAGCAACAUCAAGUCCUACCGGGAUGACAUCGACCUGCAGAACCUCAUCGACUCCCUUCAGAAAGCUAACCAGUGCUGUGGCGCGUAUGGCCCUGAAGACUGGGACCUUAAUGUCUACUUCAACUGCAGUGGCGCCAGCUACAGCCGAGAGAAGUGUGGGGUUCCCUUCUCCUGCUGCGUACCGGAUCCUGCGCAAAAAGUUGUGAACACACAGUGUGGAUAUGAUGUUAGGAUUCAGCUGAAGAGCAAAUGGGACGAGUCCAUCUUCACGAAGGGCUGCAUCCAGGCGCUGGAGAGCUGGCUCCCGCGGAACAUUUACAUUGUGGCCGGCAUCUUCAUUGCCAUCUCGCUGCUGCAGAUAUUUGGCAUCUUCCUGGCGAGGACCCUGAUAUCAGACAUCGAGGCGGUGAAGGCCGGCCAUCACUUCUGAAGAGUGGAGUUGAGGGAGCCGAGCUGAGCCACGCUGGGAGGCCAGAGCCUUUCUUUGCCGUCAGCCCUACGCCCUAAGGGAGAGGAGCCGACACCCCUGGAGCCAGCACCCCACCUUUAGCAUCAGCGUGACAUGACCUCUCUGUUUCUGCUUGCUGGUGCUGAAGACCAAGGGGUCCCCUUGUUACCUGCCCAAACUUGUGAUUGCAUCCCUGCUGGGGUUUACCCAGGGACAGAAUGUGGCUAUGUGGGAGUGGUGACUCUGAAGGACAGAGAGGGCUCCUGUGGCUGCCAGGAGGGCUUGACUCAGUCCCCCUGCAGCUCAAAUACGUCUUCAGGACACUCUGGCCCCCUUUCCACUGGCGUCCAAACAUCUGCUUUGGGUCAUCCACGUCUGUGGGUGGGCCAUGGGUAGAGGGACCCAAAGACAUGGACAGGGCAUUUCUCUCCAUCAAGCCAAGCAGCACAGGGACCUGCCUGUAACUGGGGAGGCAGACAGGGCCCCGCUGGGUCUCUGAGUGCCAUUGUGGUCUGCGGGGGCAUGCACACAUCAGGGGUUGUUUGCAGGAUCCUCAGCCAUGUUCAAGUGAAGUAAGCCUGAGCCAGUGCGUGGACUGGAGCCACGGGAGUGCCUUGUCCACUGCCCCCCCGUGUCUGCCAGCUGUUCUCCCCACGCCAGAACUGCCUCUGGUCUUGACAGCAUUAAGCCCUGAUGGCGCUGGUGGGACAGUGGACAUGGUUCUUCACUGAGAGCCGGCUCUCCUUUUCUUAAAGUGUGUAAAUAGUUUAUUUAUAGGGGUAAGAAUGUUCUCACACCAUUUCACUUCCUCUUCCUCUCCUCCAGCAUUCUUCUUUGAGCAGCCUUACAUGGUGUCCAUGGCUGGAGCCGACCCUUUGAGUCCCUUUGAAUGUCUUAAGAACCAGCCCAUAACAGCCUCUCCUUCUGUUCCAUAUACUGCAGCCUCCCUCCAUGCAUCCCACAUACAAGCACUCGCCCACUCCCCAGUGUGGCCUCACUGUCUUCUGUCCUUGGUGCUACUGAAAUUGUCAGCCAGAACUUGAAUCCUGAACCUCCGCACUGCAAGCCCUGGGAGGCUUAUUCCAAAGUGGCCAGCCCGAAACUGUUGGCCAGGGUUCCUCUUUCGGCUGCGUACCCAGGCUGGCCGGCUUGCCAUUUGGCUCUCUCCGGACAGCCGUUCUGCAACCAGGCCCAGGGCCAAGCCAUGACCCCAGGCUGCAGCUGCUCAGAAGCUCUGGCGUUUUGUUUCUGACUUAAGUGGUGCCCGCCCCCCCAUAGGAUAUCAGUGGUGAGUGGUCCACUCUUCCUGUUAGGGCUGUUCUGGGGUCUGCUCUUGGAGAUGAAGUCUUCUUAAAUAUUGAGUAACUCCCCUGGGGAUAGCUGGGACAUUUGUCCAGCUGGGCUGCUUUCUAACGCUUUGCCAUAACUCAUACCACUUCUCUCCCCGUCGUUCAGGGAUUGAGUGCAACCUUCAGUUACUUGCUGGAGUGUACAUUCUGGUGUGGUGUUUACCAGUGGCUGUUGAUGAUGAUGUCGUCAUCUUUUUUUUUUUUCUUUUCUUUUUUUUUGCAAUCUUCUGUAGACUAGGAGAAGAAGAAUGCUUGUGUUUUUAGGAAGUGUGAUGCUUCUCUUUGACUGCCAAACUCUUUUAUGGAAUAUAUCUUUAUAUUAA